AUGUUCGGGAUUGUACUGUCAGUAGAUCCAGUUGCAGCUGUUUUUAAUGCAGUCACCAUCAACAUAAAGUGGGUCUUAGAUUUUUCCGAGGGAGAUCUUACCUGCAGCAUAAGUCUGGGAGAUGGCCACGUUAUUUACCAGCAUGGUAAAGAGGGGUUGGAAAGCAGUGUUGUGCACAUAUAUACUCAUCCCAAUUCAUUUCUUGUGGCAGUUGAGUGCACCAGCCAUAAAGUACAGGUGACAGCUCAGAAAAUAAUUUCAGUCCAAGAACCUGUGAUGGCCUUUGGUGAAAUUAAGUGUCAUGCUGAAAGUCUGUCUUUUAAUGCCACCAACUGCACAGUCCUUGAUGGUGAGCCAUUUCAACUCCAAAUGGAAGUAAAAGCAGGUAGUAAUGUGACCUACAGAGUCCAGAGACAGGAUAUUGUGUUGACCAGUUUGUAUGUACUCAGAGGAGAUGUUUCCCACAACAUCACUCUGACCCCGGAGAUGGUGACGCAGCUCGGGCCCGGCUGCCAUCAGCUGUCCCUUUAUGCAUCAAACAUGGUCACAUUCCCUGAAGUAUCGACAGAACUGCAGCGUGAAUGUGGGACUGGUUGCUCAUCUCCACGUCAGCCCUGUGAUGAACUGGGAACACGUCCAGGGUGUACCCCUCCUUCGCCCAAUGGUAGCGGGUCAAAGCUCCAGCAGCCUCACAACUCUCAAGGACAAAGUGGUUCAGAGAAUGAAUGA